UGUCAUUCGUGUUUACAAUUUAUUAUAAGGAUUGUGCAAAAGCAUAGUUUUGUCUUAUUUUGGCGAUCAGCGUUUGAGUUAGAAUGUUGCAAAAUGUUUUUGAAAACACUCAUAUCAAAAAUGACUUCAUUUGCAAACAAUGCUGCGAAAAUAAGUGGCUUGAAAAAACGUCCAUUCACAGUUUUAAUUGAAGGAAACAUAGGCAGUGGAAAAACUACAUUCCUCAAUCAUUUUUCCAAGUUUGAUAAUGUUUGUCUAUUAACAGAGCCAGUAGAACAAUGGAGAAAUCUUAAUGGAAACAAUCUAUUGGAUCUGAUGUAUAAGGACCCAGAGAAGUUUUCAAUGCCAUUCCAAUCAUAUGUAUUCUUGACUAUGCUACAAAUGCACACAAUGGAUACUGAACAUCCCAUCAAAUUAAUGGAAAGAAGUCUUUAUAGUGCGAGAAACAUUUUUGUUGAAAAUAUAUAUAGAAGUGGAAUCAUGCAUAAAGCUAUGUUAGCAGUAUUGGAUGAGUGGUAUGCAUACAUAAAAAACUCUGUGGAGACUCCGGUUGAUUUAAUAGUGUAUCUCAGGAGUAGUCCAGAAGUAGUUCAUCAGCGAAUUAAAGUUCGAGCUCGGUCUGAAGAGCAAUGUGUGCCAUUAGAAUACUUGAGGCAACUUCAUGAAUUGCACGAAGACUGGCUUGUCAAAAAAACGUCAUUUCUUGUUCCAGCCCCUGUUUUAAUUCUGAAUGCUGAUUUAGACCUGAAUCAAAUUGGAAAUGAGUAUCGAAGAUCUGAAGGUAGUAUAUUUCAAUCACAACUUCAAGACUUGUCAUUUUCUGCAAAUAGUAUUAUGAGCUCUCCAAGUAAACGGGCUGCAGUAUAAUAAGUAUGUUAUUUCAAUUAUUAAAAUUUACAUUCAAUUUUUAUAUUUAGAUUUUAGCAUUACAUGUGAUGAUGAUUUCCUUCACUUAAUUUUAGUUUAUAACAUUUUGAUUUUAGAUAAAGAUAAUUUUGUCAUUAGUUAUAUAAGUAGCUUUUAGAGGGAUUGGGAAACUUAUGUUUAUGAAAAGGCAAUUAAUCCAAAGAUUAGCAUAGCUGCAAAAAUGACUUUUUAAUAUUUGAUGUUUAGGUGAUCUGUCUAACUUACAUAUUAAUGAAUAUUAAUAUUUUGCAAGUCGUGUAAUUAAGUUAAAAUUUGAUGUUAUCUCUAAUCGUAUU